UUUUUGUUUUAAGUAAUGAUCCUGGUUUGUCUAUCAUGGAAAUAAAGAAAGAUAAAAAUGUAAAGUGGGCAUCAAAAGCAUCUGUGAUUACACCAGGCUUUGAGGAGGCCGAUUCCCUAACUGGUAGUCUACUACGAGUGAGUAAUGACAACAGUCUAAGUAAAAUGGAUCAGGAUGAAAGAAGACCUGCAAAGAAAACAUCUAAGGAAAAGAACAAGGUCAAAAAGCAAGUGAAUUCUGCGGAGCAUCUUGAUGACGAGCAUCUUGAUGACUUAACUCAGUCAUCUGAAACAGCUUCAGAGGAUUGCAAGUUGCAAUACUCUGAUUAUAAGAGUUCCCUGUUGCUCAUUGAACUUGGAAUGGAUUGUAAAGAUUCUGUUAGCGUAUUGACAAUCCAGAAUGCAAUUCUUAAAUACAAAAGAUCAAUAGAAUUAAAAAGAAAAGACUGUGAACAACUUACAAGAAAAAUUUUACAAGUGGAAUAUAAGGUCAAUGGACUAGAACAGUUGCUAUCAGAAACAAAAGAAAUGAAAUCUCAGUUAGAGCAUCAAAAAGUGGAAUGGGAACGAGAACUCUACAGUUUAAGAUUGACCUUAAAACAAGAAAAAGAAAAAAGAAGAAGUGCUGAAAUUUUAUAUAUAAAUAUUAAGGAGCAAUUAAGAAGUAAAGAAGAGCUGAGUGAAGUUUCUCCUCCUCAUGAAAAAGAAAAAGGUCUGUUACAUGAAAACCGCAUGUUGCAAGAUGAACUUGCCAUGCUAAGACUGGAAAUAGACACAAUAAGGAAUCAGAAGCAGGAAAAGAGGUAUUGUGAAGACACUGAAACUGAAAAAGAAAAGAAUGACAGUCUUCAAAACGCCAUAAAACUGAAUGAGGUAACAUUAACAAAUACAGUAUUCCAAUCUAGUGGGCAGCUGAAUGUUGUGACAACUGAGAAUACCAUGCUGAACUCUAAAUUGCAGGAUGAAAAGCUAAACAGAGAAAGACUGGAAGCAAAACUUCAAUCAUACCGAGCUAGACUCGCUACAGCUAUACAGGAUCGUGAUCAAAGUCAGGCAUCAAAAAGAGACCUAGAACUUGCUUUCCAGAGAGCAAAAGAUGAGUGGUGUCAUUUACAGGACAAAAUGAACUUUGAGAUGUCUAACCUAAAAGAUAACAAUGAGGUGCUUUCUCAGCAACUUUCUGAAGUCGAAAGUAAAUUUAAUGCCCUAGAAAUUGAGCUCCAGUAUACAAGAGAUGCUCUCAGAGAAAAGACGUUGGCUUUAGAACAUUUACAAAGAAACCCAAAACAAACACAGGGUCAGAAGAAGGAAAUUGAGCAGAAAUCUCAAAACGAACAAGGUAAAGUGAAUGAAUACAUGGGAAAGCAUGAAUCCUUAGAAGAGAAAUUAUCUCAACUACAAAGUGAAAAUAUGUUGCUCCGAGAGCAACUAGAUGAUGCCUACAGCAGAGUGGAAUGUAAAGAAAAGACUAUAAUUGAUCUCAAAGACCAGAUUCAGGUUAUUGUAAGAAUGGUUCGAGUUGCAGGUGAAAAACGAGCUCUUCAACUGCGAGAAAGAAAUAAGGAGUUAAUCAAUAAAUGUAAACAGAUAAUGGAAAGAGCAUUUAGAUAUGAAGAUGAGAAAGAAGAAAGAGAACGACAAGAAGCAAAGGAGUUACAAACAAAGGUUGUAAGGUGCAUUCAGAAGUUCAGAGAUGACAUAAAAAAGCUUGAAGUUGAAAAUGCCGAGUUAAAAGUUACAGUCAAGGAGCAAGCAGGCCAAAUUGAACAGCUUCAGAAAGACCUGUUAAGUUCAAGUUCGUGUGGUGAUGAAAAGGAAAACCUAAAGAAAUGUAUGGAGUUAAAACAGCCUUUGCAGUUCAGGUUGGAUCAAGAAGUGAAGAAAAAUGAGGAAUUGGAAAAAGAGAAUACUGGGUAAGACUAAUAUUUCACAUCACUU